AUGGAGGAAAACUGGAUUGUGAAGCAGAUGCUGUAUGAACAAAUGAACACACAACAACUGAAUCCUGGCGGACACGCGGUCGAAAGUAGAAAAUCUACUAAUAUUGAUCCUACAAAAUCGGCAGCUGAAACGCAGAACCUCCCAACUAGUGGCAUUCGUGUGGAUUAUCACCUUGCUCCUUUUUCGUUCAGUUGUGUCAUCAAGGAACCAUGA